AUGGCUUCUCCUCAUUUGUUCUUGUGCAUCCUCCUGGUCGUAUUUGGGAGCUACCUUUCCACCAUUUCUGCUGCAGGCGACGCUCAUUUCAGACACAAGAUGUCUGCUCCACCUCCACAUCCACAGGUACGUACGAACGUACAGUAUGACACUCGGAUGUUUCUUUCAGUGACGCCGCGGCCAAACCGCGCCGGCGCCGCUGUGCCGCUGGUGCAUAGGCACGGACCCUGCGCCAAGUCACCGUCCACCGACAAGCCAUCAUCUUUUGCUGAGGCGCUUCACAGAAGCCGCGUCCGCGCAGACUACAUCAUGAGCAGAGCACUGAGGGGGAGGGGCACCACCACCACCAUGGAGGGCAAGGUGAGCAUCCCGGCGCACCUGGGCACCUCCGUGGACUCCCAGGAGUACGUGGUGACGUUGGGUCUGGGCACGCCGGCCGUGGAGCAGGUCCUCCUCAUGGACACCGGCAGCGACCUGUCGUGGGUGCAGUGCGCGCCAUGCAACUCCACCGACUGCUAUCCUCAGAAGGAUCCUUUGUUCGACCCGCGCAAGUCCUCCACCUACGCACCCAUCCCCUGCGGCUCCAACGUCUGCAAGAGCCUCCAGUCCAACCACUUGAACAAUGGCUGCAGCAUGAACGGCAAUGGCACCCAGUCCCAGUGCGGGUAUCGAGUCGAGUACGGAGGAGGUUUAAAGACCAGGGGCGUGUACAGCAACGAGGCGCUCACGCUGGCCCCCGGCGAAGUGGUCAAGGACUUCCAUUUCGGCUGCGCAUACAAGCAGCGCGGCGCCGACGACAAGUCCGACGGCCUGCUCGGGCUCGGCGGGGCGCCCCAGUCGCUCCCGGUCCAGACCUCCGCCCUCUACGGCGGCUCCUUCUCCUACUGCCUCCCGCCGGUGAGCAGCGGCACCGGGUUCCUUGCCCUUGGCGCGCCCAGCAACACCUCGGACUUCUCAUUCACGCCGAUGACUGACUUCAUGGAUGACGGAACCUCCUACCUGGUGAAGCUCACCGGUAUCAGCGUCGGCGGGAAGCAGCUCCGCAUCCCACGGAAGGUGUUCGAGGGGGGCCUGAUCGUGGACUGCGGCAAUAUCAUUUCACAUCUGCCGUCGACGCCCUACGCUAAACUGCGGUCCGCGUUCCGGGCGGCCAUGGCGGCUUACCCGCUCAUCCCGAGCGACGACGACGACACAUGCUACAACUUCACCGGAUACAGCGAUGUUACCGUGCCCAAGGUCGCACUCACGUUCACCGGCGGCGUCACGGUCGACCUCGAUGUCCCCAAUGGGGUUCUGUUGGAUGGCUGUCUGGCCUUCACCGAGUCCGGGUCAGACGGUUACGUCGGGUUCCUCGGCAAUGUCCAAAUGAGAACGUUGGAGAUGUUGUACGACGCUAGGGGUGGUGGACUCGGAUUCCGGGCAGGUGCGUGCUGACCCCUCAAGCUAUAUCUCAAUCGGGAGCUAGCUUGCCAAAAACUAAGAUCGGUUUGCUGUUAUUAACUUCUCGACUGCUCCACAGUGGGUGCCCCGUGUCCGAUCAUCCCGUCGCUGUUAUUUUCCGUUUUUGUCCAAUUCUAUCUUGAUGUCAUUUGUAAUCUGUUCUAUCUACUUAAAAAAAUGUAACGUUUCAUCUUUCACUUUUUUUCCCUUUCGUCGAACCUUUCUCGUAUGAUAAUCAAUCAUAUUAAUUUCUUACCUUUUGAACCAAUUUCACUUUAAUUUACUUAUCAAAAUUCUCAUCAAACUAUAAGGUAAAUCACAUGCAUAAUUUAAUAAAUAUUUACUUACACAAUCGUCAAUAUGGGAAGAUAAAUCAUAAACUAACGUAUUAGAAUAUUUAUACCCCAUUGCAAUUGUUCUAGUAAGAGGAUAUAAUGUAAUAACUCCUCUACAUUUUUAAACUUUGCAACUAAGCAAAUACAUCAUAUGAAAUACCUUGAAUCUACCUUAAUGGUACAUAUAAUUAAUGGUACAAUCCUAUACUAUGUCAAUGCAAGUAAAGUAGUACUCCCUCCGUUCCAAAAUAGAUGACUCAACUUUGUACUAACUUUAGUACAAAGUUGAGUCAUUUAUUUUGCAACGGAGGGAGUAUAUCAUAUCCAAAUCCAUCCUAUUAUUAUUACAUAUAAAAAAUACUUGAUGGGAUCACUAGAAAAAAGAUAAAUAACUUUAAAAAGUCCCACAAUAAUUAAAAACAUCUAGCCUUUAAUCCGGUGGGCCUAUUUUCGUCAAUGUACUAGAACCUUCAGUAGAUCUUCAUAAUCCAGGUGACCCGUACCUUACGCAGCAAAAUCACAAUAAACCUCAUAGGCCAAGACGCCAAGUGUACCCUCCACCCUACCCACAAAAAUAACAACCAAUCUCGAUCAUAGUAGGUUGGACCAUCCAACGUACAUCUACACUCAACUCCCAAUCCAAAAAGGUUGGACCAUCCCAGGAUUAGAAAGAAAAAGAAAUCUGAACAUCACACGUGUGAAAAAAAAUAACACUAAUGUUCCUAGAAAAAAAAUCAAAAACAUGUGUAAAAGGGUACAAUCUCUCGACAAUCACACAUGACCAAACUCUCACGAGUCUGUACAAAGAUACAACCUCCAAACAAAACCAAACUAGUAGAUAAGACCUCUCGGCAUCCAAACAACCUUUCUUCCCACCAUGCAAACAUGAUCAACUCAGCCAUCCUAAAAUACGUUCUCCAGGCAAUGCUUCGACCAACUCAAAGAUUCAUUGUCCUCUAGAUUUCAAAGUACCCCUUCUAAAUCAUCAUCCAAUGGAGUCAACAAGUGGCACUUUGGCAUUGUCUUCCUGUAGUGGU